CUUAUAAGCUGGGACCGCCGCCGGCAGACACGCUCACCGCACGAACGAACCUCUUGACUAUGCAUCUGAUGAGGUCGAAAUAUCAAAGCAAAACAAGCGGGCACACGUUACUUGACCUUGUACUAUUGACCAGGGGUUUCGAAUGUACUGAUCCGAGGGACAAGGUCUUCGCACUCGUCGGCUUGGCAAAAGACGUCGAGUCGACCGACUGGGAGGUCACACCCGACUACUCGCGUCCUACUGAAGAUGUCUAUAAACUGUUUGCUCUCUGGAGCAUCACCAAACGACGCGAUCUGCAGGUUCUUGCACUCACACCUGACCCGCUAAUGCCGCCUACGCUAUCCUUACCAUCUUGGGUCCCCGAUUUGAAAAGGUCAAACAAAGCCGAUCCUCUGCCAGUCAUGCCCAACUUACUGAGCGCCGCUAGCGAAGCCUCAUGGACCCAAGGGCUAACAGUUCGGCUGAAGCAACGAGACGUGUUCCACGCAGAUAGCUCAGCCUUCGAAUCGACAAUUCGAGGGGUGUCAAGCAUGCGGAACCAACCUAGUGUCUCUCUUGAAGACAACAACACUGAACUCCGCGUCCAUGGCCGGAAGGUGGACGAGAUCAAGGAAGUAGGCUCCGUGGCGAACUUCGCGAUAGUGCCUUACUACGAUCCGAACAUGAGCGGGCAACCAGUUUCGGUCGGCUCGUCCUACACACGCAUCAAUGACUGGCUCAGGGAGACCCUUAUGAUCACCACUCGGGGUACCGGCGCGUUAUCGUUCGAAGUCUUCCAGAUGUGGUGGCCUACCCUAUCUUGCGGUAUGGACGCCAGCGGGAGGCCACUUGAAAGAAAGUGGCUCUAUGCCUUCACCGUUGCAGCCACUCAAUUGGGGUUUCGCAUCCCUGACUACGGGUGGCGGACUUAUGUCCCGCUCGAUGGGUUCCUCGAGUUCAAAGAUCCUGUAUCGGCAAUGUCCCGACUAUUAAACUAUCACGAGCCGGCGGUCAUCCGCUGGGCGCAGUACAGGCGGUUCUGCUGUACUGCCGCUGGCAGGCUGGGGCUUGUUCCCGGAGGUGCAGCUCCUGGGGAUGUUAUUUGUGUUCUAGUAGGGGGGCGGGUUCCCUUUAUUCUGCGUCCCAGUACUGAUGGUUCGUACAAAAUUAUCGGGGAGGCGUAUAUUCACGAUCUUAUGCAUGGUGAAGCUAUGAAGUUAAGUGGUAAGAAUGUAAGAGAGGGUAGCUUUGCCUUACAUUAGCGAGUCUUUCGGAUUGAAUAGAUGAUGUCUGGAUAGGGAUUGACGUCGGGCACUCAAUAUGCAAAGCGAGGCAUGCUCAUACACAAGUGAGCAAUUAAGUCAAGAGAAAGUCUCGGACGAAGGGAGAGAAGAUUGGGUGGAAAGAGACCAACUAAAAGCGCAAGAAGCUCUGCAUACUACGAUACAGGUCUAAACUGGGCAUGCAGUCCCAAACAACAGCAUAAGGGAGUACCCCGGUUGAAAAUCGUAUCCCUCGCCCCGAAUCACUACAAGGGUGUCGGUGUGUCGAAGCGCUACACGCACUGGCAGAAGAGUGUGAACAAAAUUGUGAUG